UGAACAUGGACACGAGGUAGUAUUAUUUCAAUGAAGUUGACAUAAAUCAAUAAAAAGACCAAAUUAAUUCACUGUUUCUCGGAUAUAAAGUUACACUAGAUACUGUUUUUCGUCAAAAUAUAUGUCUCAGUUGCGGCUCGAUACAGGAGAUUUAAACUACAUCAUAAAGAUAUUUAUUACACGCCGUAUACUGGUAGGUAGUUGAGGAAAUAUUUCAUGGUUUUAUUGGUCAUUGAGAGUAAAUGACCCAGAGGUACGGUACGGCUAGUUACCCCGGAUAGGAGGAGAAGACAAGUGAAAAUAAUUCGACAUGUCAUACAAACUACAAUCUUUUGACGCCAUCAGCGAUCCCAACUCUCUAGCAACAAGCCAAGAUGGACUUUAUACCACAUCUCACUCCUCCAGAAAAUCUGGGUGUUUUGUGUCCGCAAAAACAGGUUUUAUUCUCACGUUUCUUGCCAUGGCAACAAUGGCCAUGGUGGGGGUAAUAGUGACGUUUGCAGUACCAAGAACGAACGAAAGUGAUUGUAAUUGUGGAGCUACCCAAGCCCCCGUGGUGGGGAAUCCGGAUUGUACCACCCCCAGCAUCCCCACGCAUGCUCACCCAUCUCCAACCACGUGUCCAGCAUGUCCCGACUGUACCGUGCCAACAACACAUUCUCCAGAAAUGACUACAAAGACAACCAUGGGGUCCACAUCACACUCUCCGGAUAUGACGUCAGUGUCAACAAUGGCACCAGAAGUAACACAGUCUCCUGAAAUGGCUAAAAACUACCGUUUACCAACCUCCCUUCUUCCUAUUCACUAUAAUGUCGUAUUGCGUCCUGAUUUUUAUGACAAAGCUCCCGCCAAUUUUUCUACACCAGGUCACGUGAAAAUCUGGAUUAAUUGCACAGAAAACACAAAGAAUAUAACACUCCAUAUCAACAAAAUGACAUUUGACAACUCUACUGUGAAGGUUCAUGAUACGAAUGGAGACCCAGUAACUGUUUCCAUAGUAACUGAAGACAAGGAACUACAAUUCUUAAUUGUGCACGUGACUCAAGAUUUGAUAGCGGGAAAAAUGUACAUAUUUGAAAUGAACUUCACAGCAGCACUGCUAGACGAUCUGUCUGGACUUUACUACAGCGAGUUUGACCGUAACGGUACAACCAAAUAUCUAGCCAUUACGCAGUUCCAAGCAACACAUGCCAGAGAAUCUUUUCCCUGUUUUGACGAACCAGCUCUGAAAGCGACAUUCGACAUCACGCUGGAACGGCGGAAUAAUACACCAGAGUAUCAGGACUAUAUCUCACUCUCUAACAUGCCUCUAAUAGAUUCCUACGCUACGGAUGGCGGUUUCAUUGCUGACGUCUUUGAUACGACAGUUGUAAUGCCCACCUAUCUUCUGGCUUUUGCCGUCUGUGAUUUUAAGUAUCUGCCGCAUGUUACCGCAAACUGGACGAUGAAUACCUAUGCAUCUAAUGAAGAAUACGACAAAACUGAAUUUGCACUCGAGGUCGGUGUCGAUAUUUUACGAGGAUUUGAAGACUUCUUUGAAAUUCCAUUUGUUCUUCCAAAAUUAGAUAUGAUCGCCAUUCCGGACUUUGGAGCAGGUGCGAUGGAGAACUGGGGUUUAAUCACCUACAGAACACAGUACAUGUUAUACGACCCUAACGUCACCACGGCAAGCACUCACAGAUUCGUGGCCGUUAUUGUGGCACACGAACUGGCGCAUAUGUGGUUUGGAAAUCUGAUUUCGCCCCAGUGGUGGGAUGACCUCUGGUUAAAUGAGGGCUUUGCAUCAUUCUUCGAGUACAUAGGAGUCAACUUUACCAGGCCGGAGUGGAAUAUUUUGGACGCCUUCGCGAUAGAGAACAUGCACCCCGCCUUUGGGGUGGACAGUUACCCCACGUCACGACCCAUAUUUGCCACCAAUGUUAAUAGUCCAGAUGAUAUAGACCGAUUGUUUGAUACCAUUACAUACCAAAAGGGGGCCUCGGUUAUAAGAAUGAUGUGGAAUUUCCUUGGACCGGAGACCUUACGCAAAGGAUUAUCUACAUACAUCAAAAGAAAAGAAUACGGGAAUGUUAGACACCAGGAAUUGUGGCAGGCUCUGGAAGAGCAAGCAAGUUCUGAAAAUAAAAUUAUUGAUGUACAAGACAUAAUGGAUACCUGGAUCCUCCAACAAAAUUAUCCCGUGGUCAAGGUCACAUUUGACAACAACAACAUCCGGGCGGAACAGUCUCGUUACGUCAUCGGUAACCCUUCUGAUGGAGCACCCUCGCAAUUCAACUUCACGUGGACUAUUCCUUUCACAUUUACAUCCAGUAAUGAUAUCUUAUAUGAGGACAACGAAAUUCACUGGAUUUACAGAAAUCAGACUGCUGCAACUUUUGAUUGGACUAACACAAUUAAUACUAACAAUGGUGAUUGGGUGCUAGCAAACGUACAACAGUAUGGGUAUUAUCGUGUGAACUAUGAUGAAAGCAACUGGAGGGCUUUGAUAAAUCAGUUAAGAAAUAACUAUAUGGUGAUACCAUGCAACAGUUCGCAGAUUAGACAAAAUCUAAUGGCUCUUGUCAGUUUGGAUUCGAUAAACAUAACCUUGGCUCUGAGUUCCCUAGAUUACCUCGAUCAGGAGACGGAGUACGUGCCGUGGUACGCCGCUCUGGGGGAAAUCGGCUACAUCAGGAACAUGCUUCUUACCAAACCCAUCUUUGGAAAGUUUGAGGUGUAUAUGAGAUCUAAGCUGGAGACAAUAUUUGGCAAGAUUGGAUUCAACGGCAAAGUAAACGAAACUAUGAACGACAGGUUACUAAGGUCUUACAUAGUUGGCGGUGCUUGUUACUACUAUAAUCAAAAUUGCACCGACCAAGCAGUAACAUUAUUCAACAACUGGCUGGACGAUGAAACACAAUUAAUCCCACCUGACGUAAAAUCUCGUGUGAUGUGUACUGGGAUCCGAGAAUCUCGUUCUGACACGUGGGACAGACUGUUUGCACGUAUGGCAUCACAGACGCCUUCCGACCAAGCCAUCAUCAUCAGUGCUCUGGGUUGUUCUAGAGAACACUGGGUACUAGAACGAUAUAUGUCUUACGCCUUUGACGAUACUAAGAUCCGCCGACAAGAUGCUCGAAAUGCUAUUUUGGCUGUGAUAUACAACCCCCUGGGAAGAGAUCUUGCCUGGAAUUAUCUCCAAAGGAACUGGAAUCAAAUAACUGCAGAAUAUAGGAUGAGCGGAGGAAACAUCAACAGAAUAUUAAGGGGGCUUGCCUCUCGGCUGACCACUCAGUUUCAGAGGGAUGAGCUUGCCAGUUUGAGAGGAACAUUACAAGCAGACAGUCCAUAUCUUCCAUUCUUUGACAAUGCACUUCAAGAUGUUGACCUUAACGUUAACUGGGUAGGCAAACACUAUAGCGAAUUGGAGGCCUGGUUAUCUAUCAUAGAAUAAGACACUCAAGCUCAGGCAGAUAAGAAAUGGGAAAAACAAUGUUAAAAGAAUUUACAGUAUAAUGUUUUGGAAAUCAUUAAUAAUUCAUAAUCCCAUUGUUGAAAAACAUUUGAUGUGUUCCCCGAAAUAUGCUUUGCGGAAAUGACUGAUAAAUUCUUGCAUUUUGUACUUUAUUAAUCCAAGAUUUUUUUUAAAUGUAUUGUUUUUUUUUUCAUUUUUAUAUGUUUAAGUUUUUUUUUUUUAAAUUGCGUAAAAUGUAUUGAUAUACGGAGAGUAGCAAGAUAUACACAGAUAUAUCGUAAUUAAGCUAACUUCCUCUUUUUUGGAAAGUUGUAUUUUCCAGUGGUUUGAAAUCCGAAUGCAAUUAUGUUUGCCAGACAGUCAUGUACUUGAAUAUAACACAUUCUUUCCUAUCAUGCGCCAAUCACUCAGAAACGUUUAAAGCUUUAUAGUUGUUUCAUUUUGCUUGAAUUCCAAUAUAAUUUUGUCCCCCAUUGCUUUAUAUCUAUUGCAAAUUCAUUGCUAAUUCAUAUAUUGUUCUUAAUAUAUUAAAACUUUUCCACUCGAAUUGUAAAUUAUAGUGAUAUCAAAGAAGAUAGAGAAUUAAUAUUCCAGGAUUUUCAGCGAUAUUUCAGUGUGGAAUAAACAUAGGCAUAAAAUUCUGUUGAACUUUGUUCCAAUGGAUGUACUCGUAUGUAACAUAUGAUGUAUUUGUGUGAUUGCAGGUAUACUAAAACUAUGACCUCAUUUUAUAUAUGAUUUCAAAGAUUAUAUAAUGGUAUUUUUAACAAUAAAAUUUUGAUA